AUGGCUCCCCCCAGCGGGGCUCAUCUCGAGUCGGUCAUUUCCGAUGUCUUCCUUCCCGUCAAGCUGCCCAGCCGCAGCCAGGGCCGAGGACACGAAGAUUACCUCGUCGAUUGCGUCCUCACGGCCCUCAAAGACUUUCGUUCAUGCGUCGGAGAGGACAUGCGAGAAGCCAUAUGUGCCGCGACACAAAUGAUUCUCAACUUCAAGAGAACGAGAACAGACUUCGGAGGCGUCGAUCAAGAUCGACUUCAAAAACUCUUCUCAGAGUUGGCCAAAGACGAUUCUUUCGUUAUACCGCUCCAUGUCAAAGCACAGAAUGCCGGGAUCGUCAUUCGCCGUACCGACAAAACUGCCGUCUUCGAAGUCUUUCAACUCACGCCACCGAAUCAAACUGUCCUGGCAGCUGUCGGCCGCUUGCGACGUUGCUUUCCGAGCCUCGGUGUCGCCGUCACACCCAAGAUCUUUACGUCUUUGGAUUUUCAAGCAACAUCAGCUGCCACCAUCUCCAAGAUGAGCGAGCAGCAUGUCUCGGAGACGGCUUCGGGUCACGCUUACCCCGAUGACGAAUCGAUCAACCCUACCCUGGUUACUGAUUUGCUAUCAAGCUUCCUGCUUUCCAACGGCAAAUCCUCUCCUGGAAAAGUCAUUUGGAAGAACACAAGAGAAGAGGUCAAUCUGUCGGAUGGGAAGAGUCGUCCCUGGAAACGUUCGGCCGUCUGGUUGCUUCUACGCGUUUCUUUGCAGCAGAUCAUGUCCCCGACCCUCAAGGGGACUCAAUCUGAUGGCAUUUACAAGCGAUGGAUGAUUUUCCAUCUGGCUCAGCUUCUUCGCGAGGCUACAGCAGCGAGACUGGCCAGCGAAUUGAUUGCGUGUAUGAGCGGAAAACUGGCAAGACGUUUGGUCAAGCUCGACUUGAAGGAGCACGAACACUGGAUGUCUCAAGUUUCCGAGCAUUUGCGCAAUGCAACCGAGCUUCUCGAGUCAAGAUGGCAUAAAACCAUCGAGGCCCACACCCAACUCUUGGGCUUCACACGAUUGGCAGCGCCUGAUGUUGAGGCAGACACUCGAUUCAAUCUGCCGGAACUUGAUUAUUUCCUCGCGUCCAUCGCGGAUCGGCAGCUCGUCGACAAGAGACUUCUUUUCUGUCCAAAAUCCCACCUUCUUUCGUGCAGUGCUGGAGAGCUACCUGCGAUCGACUCCAUCAAAGGCUCAAGCAAAUACGAGGUGCACAAUCUCUAUGCCUUUGAAGAAUGGGUUUCUGAACACCUUGAUGGGUGGGCGCAGCGGAACGCAAAGAAUCCUCAGGCCUGUUCCAAAAUCGAAAGCGCCAUACGAAAAUACUUUGAAAUCGCCCAACUCGUGUACAAAGAUUCUGCCGAAGGGAUCUCGGCCAUGCUACUGACCCUCCUCGAUCUCUGGAUCGCGUGCGAUAAGACGGCUUGCUCUAUUCAUCCUCUUCUAUCAAGAUAUGAUCACGAAGUCCCCACCGGGCCAUUCGAAUCUCUCUUGCUCAGGUUCAAAAGCGACAUGGAAAGGCUCUUUCGCGCGGAGCGGUAUCUCAAAGCACGUUCCAACAAUGACAGAUGCUUCUCCGUUGAGUUUGCUGCCGAUUCACCAGAGCAUCAAGGCAUUCUUGACCGUAUACUGGAGCAAGCAGAAGAAAGGAGGAACAGGAAGCGCCAGGAGUUUGAGCAGCUUCGUUCAUUAUACAACUCACACAUGGAACAGUACGCGACAACCUCGUGUGCGCAGCAUAAUGGGCUUGACGAGGACUCGGAUCCGAGCCACUCCCAGACUUGCGACAGAUGCCUACACAAAGCCGAAGCAGGCAGGCUACAAAUUGAGGCGUACGAGUGGCCAUUGCCUUCGAGCAAGGCCGAGACCUGGUCUGUGGUCUUUGAGCUGGCCGUGCCUCCGUCCUUUCGGGCAUGGAGGGAUGCCAGCAUCCACUUCCUCAGCGACGUGUUGGGCUACCAAUCUCGUCGUCUUGUCGACGCACGCGCACAAUGUGCACUGCACACAUUCGAGGGCCUGUCUGAUCAUUACAAGCCCAGCUCGCUAGACCAGCGUGUCAAAGUCGCCUCCGAGACGAAACCACAGACAGCGUCUCGUCAGCGCAUCCAGAUUGGGUCAGAUGUGACCGUGGACGAUAUAUGCGUCGCCAACGAGAUGCAUUGGAGGCUCUUUGAUACUUCGGCCGCAGCCUUCCUGGGACAGUUCAAAGCAACUGCCAAUGUUUCGAAAAAGUGUACGAUUCAGCUGCCCCCGCCGUCGGGCUCUCUCCAGAACUUUCUCUGCCGCAGCGCAUUCCAAGGUCAAGGGCCACGGCCAAACGUGGUCAUAGCCCAGCAAUCUGCUUGUCCGGAAAAAAUGUCCAUCGGGGAAUACAAGGCGCUUUGCGCUCUUCCAUUUGGCUACCGCACACAGUGGAUGAAUAUCCUCGUGCAACUGGCUAUGCCCUCGGUCGAUUAG